UAAACAGUAGGUUGGAAACAAAACAGUGUCUUGGCUGCCAAAAGCAGAGAAACCGCUGCGGAGGCAGGCGAACGUGAGCCCAUUGGACACACCCCUUACAGCCCCCUUGGGCUGGGAAUAAACGAGAAGGCUUGGACCUUUCUUUACUCCUUGCACGGGCAUCAAGUGGGCUGUGCAGACGGGACCAGCUCGGCAGCACUGCGCUGGGACUCAGUGUUGAAUGUGAGAGCCGGGACGGUCUGUGCGUUUACAGGGGCAAUCAGCCCCCCUCAUGAAACGCGAAGGACAAGGGACAGUACCUUGGGAGAGAGGGUCGUGCGGCAUCAGACGGUAACAGAAAAUCUGGUUUCACGAUGGGAACUAUACAACUUAUGUUAUUAUUUUCCAUGAACACAUUCUUACUUGCAUUUGGGAUUGACAAUGUGGGAAAUUACACGUGGCACUUACAACAAGCACCACAACUGUUGAACAGAAGAACUAUAACAAUAGAAGCGCCAAGAUUUGAAGCUAAAAGCAAAUUCCUGCUUAAUUCAACCUGUGGGAUUGAGUGUCAAAAGAAGCUACCACUGCCAACUGUGUCCGACCUUCAGAGUUACCUUUCAUAUGAAACAGUGUACAGUAAUGGGACACGUACAAUGACUGAGGUGAACAUCAAAGAAUCUGACCUGAAAAACGAAUUUGAGUUUGCUAAAAGUGAAGGCCGUUCUAGGAGGAGGAGAAGGAGGCAGGUCUUUGGUUUGGACAGUAGGUUUAGCAUCAGUGACAAGCAUUUCAUAACUAGCUACCCCUUUAACACCGCAGUGAAAAUCUCCACAGGAUGUACUGGGGUUUUAGUGUCUCGAAAACACGUGCUGACAGCGGCUCACUGCAUCCAUGAUGGAAAAGACUAUGUAAAAGGUGCCAAAAGGCUCCGGGUCGGAUUUUUAAAGAUGAGAACCAAAGGAGGUGGAAAAAGGAGAGGAUCCAAAAGGAAUAAACGAUCAGCAAAGGGCAAGCCAAGAUUUCAGUGGUCAAGAGUAGUGCGCACCCAAGUACCGAAGGGCUGGUUCAAAGGUGUGGCAAAUGAUAUUGCUGUGGAUUAUGAUUAUGCUGUUCUGGAAUUAAAAAGACCUCAGAAGACCAAGUAUAUGGAGAUAGGGAUUAGCCCUCCGGUGCAGAAUAUGCCAAGCAAUCGGAUUCAUUUCUCAGGCUUCGAUAAUGACAAGCCCGGGAAUUUGGUUUAUCGUUUCUGCACUGUCUCUGAUGAAUCCAGUGAUUUGUUGUACCAGUACUGCGAUGCCCAGCCCGGAGCGAGUGGCUCAGGUAUUUACAUUCGUCUUAAGGAGCCAGAGCAACGCGCUUGGAAACGCAAGAUCAUCGGAGUCUUUUCUGGCCAUCAGUGGGUGGAUGUCAGUGGAGCACAACAGGACUACAAUGUGGCCGUGCGCAUUACUCCACUUAAAUAUGCACAGAUUUGUUUCUGGAUACAUGGGAACUAUGCUGAUUGCAGAGAUGGUUGAUGGAAUUCAAAACUGCUGCUACUCGCUUUUGCAUCUGUGUACUUCCUGUGCAGGCAUCAGUCAAUUUGCAGACUGAGUGGAUGAUGGUAUCCUGUUGAGGCUCAUUGAAAAGAUAUGUGCAAUUUCAUCUCGACUAAAAUAAUCUGUUCAGGGUGCUCUAAUUUAAGAAUAUAAAUUGUAAAAUUAACAGGAGCCUUUCAGAGCAAAUUGAUGAUUGGGUAGCAUUGCUGUCAAAAUAUCUAGCUGUUCAAUAUUUAAUUUACUUUAACUAGUAAUCUGCAAGAUUAAAAUAUUCAAGGUCAAUUACUAACCCCAAUAAGUAAUUCUUAAAUGAUGUAAAAGAUACACGCGUUAAAAUAGGGAAUUUUUCUUCUCGUUGCUUAUGUAAUUUUUUUAAAGUAUUGACAAAUACAUUGAUGCAAUCUCCGGAAACUUAUUUUUUGUCUUUGAAACAAAAACACAAUUUUUUAAGCAAUUUCACGUGUUAAGGUACAACAGUUCUGAUCAAAAAUAAAUAUACAGAGAUGUGAAUGUGUCAUUUGUAUCAAAUUUAAAGUGCUUUGUAAAGGGCCCGUCUAACUUUCACAACCUAAUUCACGACCUUUUUUACUUGUGGACAUUUUUCAUCAUGCUAGAAAAACGCUCUGACGUACUUGAUGUCACGAGUACCUACGACUAGCAUCACGGCCUACUACAACCUACAUACAACCUCCUACGACCUCGUGCCGACCAUGCUGCGAGUAUGAGUCAAGGGCAAACUUGGCAGAGGUCGUGAAAGUGGGGCAGGCCCUUAACCUAAGGGAAGAUGAUUCUUACCAUUUACCAUUGUUGUAUUGAUCGUGCAUUGUAUAGUUUGGAAUUGAAGAUUCAUAAUUGAUGUUCUUCAUUGUUUAUUUCCAUUGAAAGGAAUUGCGGAUAUGCCAAUUUUUUGAUGACUUCAACAGAAAUCCAACACUUUGUAAAUGAACUGCCAAAAUGGAACUCUCCAACCCGCUAGCAUAAAUAAAUUAGUGACAAAGUUUAGUAAAGUUUAAGAGAAAACUGCAAUCUGUUGCUUUGGUAACAGAAAUCGAAUUCCAACACAAAAACGGCCCAAUAUAAUCAUCAAGGUGUCAUCGAAUCGAUGUUGUGAAUUAAAAAGUAAAUGGUGAUUCGGGUGCAAAUUUCAACCAUCACUUCAUUCUUUCCGUGAACCCGUUUCUCUAUACCCUGUCUAUUAAGAGUUAGUGAUAGGUAAAAAAAUAUUAAUGGAAUCACAUCACUCCAGCACCGUGGGAAAAUUAUGCUUCAAUGGGAGUAAUCUUUAUGGUAAAACUGAACAACCUUUUUAAAAAUGUGUUUGUUAGAAGCUUAUAUUUUUCAAUUGCGUCUAACCAUCUGAGUAGAUUAGAAACUAAUGCUUAAAGUAUCAACCUAAUCAUUUGUUUGUUAACAACACACAAUUCUUAUUUAUAUGGAGAAUGAUUAUGAGAUGUGUAGGUUUGCUUUAAUAAAUAAUUUACAUAAAAUGAUUGCGUUUCAGAAUCAAUAUCUAAGGCAGAGGGGUAAAGACCUAAACACUUCAUGGAAAACUUAGUUCUUUAAAAUGCAUUUAGAGUAAUUUCCUAAGCAAAAAAUUCAAUUAAUAUUUACUACUCCCAAUACAGUAAAAUAACCAGAAGUGCAAUUAUAUCGAGUGAAGCAGAGAACAAUGUUUUAGGAAAAUUCUACCACUUUAAAUGCACUGGUGCUAUACUGUCUAUUACACUCAAUGCCAUUGCAUGUUCAGUGACUUUCUUAUAUUAUAACUGUAAAGAUAGAAUAGAAACAAAAUAGUUAGCUAAAAAGUGUAAAAUGGCUCACCCUGGGUAGCCAGAUCUUUCACUCUUUAAAGCUCAACGGCAACAAUGAAUAUCUAAGCAAUUAAAUAUUUAAAUGACGAUGAUCCUUCACAAGUAGAAAUUGAUGUCAUUUAUUCAUGUUCAUAAGUUCUAGGAGCAGAAUUAUGCCAUUCGACCCAUCAAAUCUACUCCACCAUUCAAUCACAGCUGAUCUAUCUUUCUCUCGCAACCCCACUCUCCUGCCUUCUCCCCAUAACCGCUAGCACAUGUACUAAGCAAGAAUCUGUCAAUCUCAGCCUUAAAAAUAUCUAUUGAGUUGACCUCCACAGCCGUCUGUGGCAAAUAAUUCCACAGAUUCACCACCCUCUGACUAAAAAAAUUCCUCCUAAUCUCCUUUCUAAAAGUGCGUCCUUUUAUUCUGAGGCUAUGACCUCUGGUCCUAGACUCUCCCACGAGUGGAACCAUCCUCUCCACAUCCACUCUAUCCAAGCCUUUCAUUAUUUGGUAAGUUUCAAUGAGGUCCCCCCUCAUUCUUCUAAAUUCCAGCAUGUACAGACCCAGUGUCAUCAAAAGCUCAUCAUAUGUUAACCCAAUCAUUCCUGGGAUCAUUCUUGUAAAUGAUCAUUCUCUGCGAUCAUUCUCUUAUUUGUAGGCCGUUGACUAAAAUUUGGUAAAAAUCCAAUAAAAUCACAUGUAUUUUUAUUGAUUUGUAAUGUAAAAAUAGGAUGCCUUUACCUAACAUAAUUAAGAAUCAAAUACUUUAGGAAGAAUGAUCUAGGUUGGGUAAAAGGGCCAUUGAUAGCCAUCAAAGAAAAUUCAGAUCAGGAGAAAAUUUGAGUUCCAGUCAUUUAGUUUUUUUUUUGCUUUAAAAAAAAUAUAGGUUGCUUUGCAUAUUUUCUUUUAAAUGUCAUUUGAAAAAAAAUAAAAUGCAUGGUUGGAAAAUGACAUUUUUCAUAGAUUCACUGUGUUGGUGUAUAUUGUAAGACAUGAUCUAUGAAUCUCACUGUAUAUUGAGCAGUAAAAUACAGAUCUUCUCUGUU